GACAUAAGUGUUGUUAAACCAAAGGGGUAUAUACAGGACAGGGUCUGGGGCUGCACUUUAGAGGAGCCAGCAGACCCAUACUUAUUCAUACCCGGACGGACUGACGGACUGACCUCACCAUGAGGGUCGUCAAUAUUGGUCCAGACCCAUCUCUAGCAUACCGCCCCAUCUUAGACCUGGAGCAGAAAGACAAGGACAAGACAGAAUACAGGAAUUUUGAGAGCGGGAGUCUGAUUGAUCGUGUGUAUAACACAUACAAGCUGAUGCACACCAACCAGACCCUGGACUUUGUCAAGCAGAAGCACUCUGAGUGGUCAGGUUGUGCGCAUGCCCAGAUGGAGGUGAUGGAAGCCGUCAUAUCUCUGGACCAGCUGGUUGAUGAGUCCGACCCCGACGUCGACUUCCCCAACUCAUACCACGCCUUUCAGACCGCUGAGGGCAUCCGCAGGGAACACCCCCACGAAGACUGGUUCCAGUUGGUGGGGCUGAUCCAUGACAUUGGGAAGAUCAUGGCUCUGUCAGGGGAACCCCAGUGGGCUGUAGUGGGGGACACAUUCCCAGUGGGGUGCAGGUUCCAGAAUGGCAUUGUGUUUCGAGGCAGUACCUUCGUGGACAACCCCGAUGACAAAAACCCUGCUUACAAUUCUGAGUGUGGGAUCUAUAAGCCAAACUGUGGGCUGGACAAUGUGCUCAUGUCCUGGGGCCAUGAUGAGUAUCUCUACAGGGUCAUGAAGUUCAACAAGUGCACCAUCCCAGAAGAGGGUCUGUAUAUGAUCCGGUUCCAUUCCUUCUACCCCUGGCACUCCCAUGGAGACUACAUGCACCUCUGUGAUGACAAGGACAUGCGCAUGAUUCCCUGGGUUCGCGAGUUCAAUAAGUUUGACCUCUACACCAAGACCACUGAGCUGCCUGACAUAGAGAAGUUGAAGCCAUACUACCAGUCUCUCAUCGACAAGUACUGUCCUGGGGUACUGAAGUGGUGACACACACACACAAUUCAUUUCUUUUCCGCCCUCUCUCACACCUUCAUAGAGAUCAUAUCCAGCAGCAACACCAGGGCAUCUCCUCAGAUAUGGGUAACACUAUUAGCUUUAUCUUCAACAGACCUGGAUAGCCUUUACCAUGUUGUCAUCAUCUGUAUGUCAACUACAUUAUAUUCUAAUGACAGAACAUUCUAAAAGUGUUGUUUGUUGCUUAGAAUGCCGAUUACAAUUCAUAUGGUUUACAAUUCUCUGUCAGAUCAUUUUGAAUUUGUCUAAUAAUGAAGAACCAAAUGGAUACAUUUCCUAUCUUUAUUAUAAAUGAUACAAAAACAUUAACAUUU